AUGGAGACGAGAACAAAGUGUGGAGGCGCUGCGACCUCUGACCUCCACCUGCCACCGCAAGCGGCCCCGACCGUUCCCAUGACAACCUCUCCCAACACACCUUCUCCCAGGGCAGACUAUCCCAUGACCACAUCUCCCAAGACCACAUCUCCCAGGACCACAUCUCCCAAGACCACAUCUCCCAAGACCACAUCUCCCAAGACCAUAUCUCCCAGGAUCACAUCUCCCAGGACCACAUCUUCCAGGACAUCAUCUCCCAUGACCACAUCUCCCAAGACCACAUCUCCCAAGACCACAUCUCCCAGGACCACAUCUCCCAAGACCACAUCUCCCAAGACCACAUCUCCCAGGACCACAUCUCCCAAGACCACAUCUCCCAAGACCACAUCUCCCAAGACCACAUCUCCCAGGACCACAUCUCCCAAGACCACAUCUCCCAGGACAUCAUCUCCUAGGACAUCAUCUCCUAAGACCACACCUCCCAGGACAACAUCUCCCAGUUCAACACAUCCAAGGACAACAUCUCCCAGGACAACACCUCCCAGGACAACAUCUCCCAGGACCACAUCUCCCAGGACAACAUCUCCGAGGACAGUCGAUCUGCGGGAGACAACAACCCGUAAUUCGUCGGUGACUAACGGAUUUAUGAAGACUGUUUUUUACCGCAAUGGAUUAAAGGAUUCCGGUUAUAGAUCUGUGACAUUGGCCGGUGAUGAAUUUAUUAACCCGGCCUUUAUGGGCGUAACCCCUCGCGCUGCCUCCGCAUAA